GAUGAAGAGGAGGAUGAAGAGGAGGAUGAAGAGGAGGAUGAAGAAGAGGAUGAAGAAGAGGAUGAAGAGGAGGAUGAAGAAGAGGAAGAGGAGGAUGAAGAGGAGGAUGAAGAGGAGGAUGAAGAGGAGGAUGAGGAGGAGGAUGAAGAAGAGGAUGAGGAGGAGGAUGAAGAGGAGGAUGAAGAGGAGGAUGAGGAGGAGGAUGAAGAAGAGGAUGAAGAGGAGGAUGAUGAUGAUGGUGAGGGAAAGAAAGAAAAGGACAAUGAUGACGAGGAGGAUGAAGAGGAGGAGGAAGAUGGUGAUGAGAGAAAGGACGAAAAGGGCAAUGACGACGACGAUGAUGACGACGACGACGACGACGAUGAUGACGGCGACGACGACGACGACGAUGAUGAUGAUGAUGAUGAUGAGGAGGAUGGGGGUAAACGAGCCAGUGGGGUACCGCCGCGGCACACGUUGCGACGUCGUUAG